GUUGAAAUCUGUCUCUUAAGCCUCCAUCAGCAACAUCUGUUGGGUAUCAGUCUUUAUCAGGAUUACAUAAGGACACUGUUGCCCAAUAAUAUGCUUAGGGCAGAUCACAGCCUUACAAAAUUGUUUUCUAGAGACAGGAAAUACAGUGAGGGCUUUGAAGGAGCGCAAGUGGGCAUAUUCCUCCUCCGUAUCUUCAGCAGAAGACACAACGUCAGGCAGUUGUGUGGGAGGUUGCUGUUGGCAGAUGAGGGAUUACCAAAAAUGCAUUCUUUUUUUUAAACUUCAGGCAAGCUGACUGAUUCACUCCCACAGCCUCUAAAUUGGGGUUUUACUGUUGAUAGGCAGGGGUUGAAGUCAAAGCCGAGCCCCAGAGGAGGAAGACAAUGCAUGACAGCGGUCCAGACCCGGACCAAGAGACCAAGGCCUGGCGUCAGGCUCAGCUCGAGCAGCGCCAUCUAGAGGCCUAUAGGAACCUGCACCGUCUCCGAGAUGCUCUCAGUCUCCGCUAUGCUGCCCUGCUCAAAGACAAGGUCCAGUCACAAAGAUUACUGCUGCAGCAGAGAGAUGAGACAGCCCGAGCAAAGUCAGAGAAGGGAACCAAGCAGAAACAAAAGAAGUCAGCCAUCUCCAAGCUGCAGCACAACGACUCAUACCUCAAGUCCCUCCCUAAAACCAGCUACUACCUGAUUUUUGACCUCCAGAAGCAGUUAGCUGAGCGUGGACAUCUGAAGACCCAUCACGACUUGGAGGACUUUUAUAGGUGCAUCACAUAUAACCGUCACCCAUCACAGCUCCAUAAAAGUCUAGAGGAUGUCAGGAAAAAGAUGCUGGAGAGCAGAGCUGCAGAGGAUUCGAUGACUCAAACCAAAAUCUCAGAAAAACAUCCCUGCACUGCUGAAGAGGGAGAACAUGAGGAGCACUCCAGGUGGAGACUGCCUACACUGUUAAUAGAGAAUGGCUCUGGAUCGGCAGAGCUGAUCUCUGGUGGCAGCCAGGAGAAGGAUGAAGUUGAGCAAAUGUUUCCCAAGAUGAAAGCCCCCACAUUUGCAACCCUACAGCCUAACUUUAUGAAGAACUUCCAGAGCAAGAUGCCAGAUUUGAUUUUCCCUGAGAUUCCCAAGAAGAGCAAGAAAGCAGAGAUUUACUUGAGACGGCUGAGACAAAUGCAUGAUCUUUGUUUAACCAACAUGGUUUCGUCCCAACGACUGUUGGACAGGGAGACGGACUCACUGUGCUGGCAGGAGGAGCAAGGCAACCAAGAUUUGAUGCUUCCAGGCAUUGACUCCAAACAAGGGAAGGUAAGCCAAACAAACCAGCCGCCUCUCUGCUCUCCGAAACAGCCAAGAAGUGUCCGGAAUGACCGACCUUCACAUCCCCAGCAGCUGGUCAGAAUGACUUCAGCCAGCCACCGAGAUCUUGAGACUCUGGUUUGGGACGCAGCAGCGUGCCGCCAUAAGACACCAGAUCCCUUGUCCAUUGAAGAUGUGUGUCAACAAAAGCCUGUAAAGAUAAUAGACCGUGGGUUCAAGCUAUGGAGAAACUAUACAGAGGACACAGAUCACUGAAGUCAUACCUUCUGUUUACAGGGAAUAUGUGCAGUUAUUAUUGUAUCUGUUAUAUGUAAAGUGCAGUUUAUGGAUGCAUUAAUAUCUCACAUGUAUGAAAGAUAAAAAGAAUUUAACAUUAACAGCAAGUGUUUAUUUAACGUUGUACUGGUAAACUACUAGUAUAUAUUUUUAUACUGACAAUAAUAAUACCACAUUAUCUGUAAGUAAUUAUAAAAUGGUUUUAAUAUGUCAAUUG